UUCGUCGUUACCGAUAACUCUCGCGUUUCCUCGAACGUCCCUCUCGACUUUUCCGUCGAUUUCGUUUGUUCGUUUCGCGAAAGAAGGAUCGUCCGACCGACCGUAAAAUGACGUCGACCGUCCUGUCGGUCUGGAGCGUGCUCGCGUGGACGACGUUCGCGGCGCGAGCGAUAUCCACGUCCUGGCGACCGUCGUUUCCUAUCUCCUCGAGCAGCGUCCUCCAGCACUCGUCGCCCGUGUUCGCGAACGGACCUGCCCAGUCGCUGUACGAUCACGAAACUUCCUCGUUGCUGGUCCAACAGGAACAGGACAGGUGCACCCUGUACAAGGUCGCGAUGAACCAACAGCUCUACUUCGAGUACAUCCACUACAAGAUCGAUUUACCGGACAUGAAGGAGUUCACCCUAUGCGCGUGGACCAAGUUCUUCAACCACACCAACGAUCAUCCGCUGUUUUCGUACGCAGUCGGAGACCAGCCGCGCGGGAUAUUGUCCUGGGUGGCCAACACCGCCAGGAGCUCCUACUACAUGAUGAACGUCAACGGUCACAACUUGUACAGAUUGAAUUAUCCGCUGCGAUUGAACAAGUGGUACCACUCCUGCCAAAGCUGGAACGGCCGAACCGGAGAAUGGCAGAUCUGGGUCAACGACGAGCGCGUGGGUCGUGGGUUCAACAAUAGGCUGGUCGGACACGUGAUCAAAGGUGGAGGAGUAGCGAUCACGGGACAGGAGCAACGACAGCUGGGCGGUGGAUUCUUGGAGGGCGAGGGCUCCCCUCCCGGUGCCGGUGGUCUCUUGGGAGAAGUGACGAUGGUCCAAUUGUACGAGGUAGCUCUGACUGCCGGCAAGGCCCACAAGGAUCACAAGCAUCAUCACGCUCAUCAUUACGAGCACGAAACCGGCAACAACACCCCCAGGCCCGCAACGCGUCCACCGAUAACAGGUCCACCGCUCCCGCAAAACCCUUUCCUGACCGGGGGACAGAUCAAUCAUCAGAUAAAGUUGAACCCUGGAGCGCCGGUGCAAAUCGUUCGUGGAGGAGUCACCAUGCGUCAUCCGGCUCUGAUUCCGCGAGAUCCGCCACCUCAGCCGUUCCCACCAGCCAAUCUCCCCGCGGUAUCCACCGCGUUUCCCCUGCGAGCCUCCCAGUUCUUCGGUAACCCGCAACCCGCCGUUGCUUCGCCGUCUUCCAACGGAAUAAGCGGAAACUUUGCCGACGGUUCGUACCACAAUCUCUUCAAGAGGGAAAAGAGCUCGGAGGAGGAAGCGAAUGCCGGUCUCCAAGAGACGGCCACCGAGACGCCGAUGACCGACAACGAGACGGACGAACGUUCGGACGGCAAGGUAAGAGAGACAGUCGGAAACGGUGAACGAGCGGAAUCGAAAACGAGCGAAUUUUCAGGUGACGUUCGUGCCGCGGGAAGAGAGCGAAACGUCCGACAAGGUGAAGAGACUAGGCAAAAGGGAUUCCGAGCCGAAGAAGAGAGAGUUGGUACAACUCGGAGACGGGCUGAUCGUGGACGACGGAUACGUGUCUCAGGGAUUAGACAACGAUUACUUUGCCGGUCUGGCGAACUUUGGACUUCAAUUACCGAAAUACGAGAACAAGGACGACGAGCGCGAGCCGGCAGAGGCCGAGGUGAAAAUGAUUAUGGAUGUUUGCGACGGCUGCGCCGACGAACCGUUCUCGAAGGCGUUGAUCAUGGCCUGGAGAUCGGUCCCGAAGAAACUCUACUCCGGCGCGUUACAUCUCCCGGCAUCGCCGGUGUGCAAAGCGUUUUGAGCCCCAUUCGAGUGAACCGCCAUCGCCACUGACACGGGAUCUCUCUCCUACGCGUCGCGAACUCGAAUUUCGAGUUCCGAGUCGUAUUUAUUCGCCGAUUUAGACUUAGGCUUAAGGUUAAGGUUAACUUGGCCGUUGGAGCCUCGGACGUCGCGUAGCGAAUCAGCGCGUAGAUUCGUCGAGCUUGUACGCGUGAGCGCACGAUCAUUUCGAGCGCGUACGUAUCACGAAAUGAGCAAUA